AUGUCAUUUUUAAAGAGAGUUUUAUCUCGUGAACCUAUUAAGAAAGGCACUAGCGUCCCACCUAAAACGAAUCAAAUUUCAAUCAAAGUUGAGAAUAUUCCAAGCACUAAACUUAAAAAAUCCAAAUUAUUUCAAAGAAAUUUCCAAGAAAAAUCCCCAGAAAAAUAUUCGACAAGCUCACCGUCAUCACUCAAGAAGCCUCCACUUUCAGUUCGAAAAUUGCCUAUAUAUAAAAGUAGUCCAGAGAUUCCUCAGCUUCACAUAAGCUUAAAAUUUUUAUCUACUCCAGUAUCAACUGUGGUUUCUCCUAGAAUAAAAAAAGCUAAUCCACAAUUGAUAGUCAAGCCAAAUGAUUUUAUUGAGCCUGAAGUAGAGACUGAUAUACCAACAUUUACAUUUAUAAGUAUGGUGCUGCUCGAUUUCUCAUACCUUUAAAUAGAAAUUAAUUUCUUGCAUAUUUUAACUAUGAGUUUGGCUUCACCUUGUGAAAAUAUCGAUUAGUAAGAAAAGCAAAGAGCUGAGGAUAAAGUGUGCACUUAUUUCCACCACUAAAUGGCUAAUCCAAAAAAGAAUCUUAAAACCCAAGCUUCAAGACUAGGUCCAUUAAGGUCAAGGUCUUCAUAUAUUAUCGGGCUGGGGUUAUGCAGUUCGAAAUUCCAGAGUUAUUCUAAAACUGGUUAUGGCUUUAAGUGUAAUAGCUAACAUUUAUUGAUAUACCAACACUAAAAGAAUAUAUGGAAAAUACUAUUCUUCUUUAAUAAAAUGCAUUCAAUAAUAAAAAAGGCCGCAAUAAAAUACUAUCAAAAAAUAAAAAAGCGAUGCUAGCAUAAAUGAUCAUCUUUUUAAGGCUGCAUACAAAAUCCAGGCUAAAUGUUUCCUUUGCAGAUACAGCUACUGAUAGUGCUUCAAAAAGAUCUGCUAGUCAAGUUUCAAGGAGUUUUAUUGACGAUAAUGCUGUAGAAAAAAUACCUGAAAGAUCAAAUUCUUUAAAAAAUAUUAAAGAAAAAGAUAAUCUAGCGAGAUUAAAGGAAAUGCUUGGAAUUAAUGCAGAGAAGGAAGUAAAGCCCUCAACAAAAAAUAAAUUGAUUGAAGAAAAAAAUUGCAAAUAUUCCAACAGGGUAAUGAUAUAUAAAGAAAAAGGGAGCAGAUUGCAUAAAAAUUAA